AUGUCCCGGGACAAGAAGGCAGAUCUCGAGGACCUCAAGCAAGAGGUCCCAAUAACACAACAUAAAGUCCCAUUGGAUGAACUGAUUGCAGAGCUCGAGACCGAUCGAGAAAAUGUAUGUAAUACGCGGUGUAAAAAAAGUUUUGGGAGGAUUGUAGUACGGUUUUUUCACUUACUUUUUUCAGGGUUUGACGACAGCAAAGGCAGAAGAACUCCUUCUUCGUGAUGGACCAAAUGCCUUGUCUCCGCCACGCACAACUCCUGAAUGGAUCAAGUUCUGCAAGAACCUGUUUGGCGGGUUUGCCAUGCUCUUGUGGAUCGGUGCUGUUCUCUGUUACAUCGCCUUCACUGUCGACUACUUCACUGUGGAACAUCCCGCCUUUGACAACCUCUACUUGGGCCUUGUGCUGAUGUGUGUUGUGAUCAUUACUGGUGUCUUCCAAUAUUACCAAGAGAACAAAUCCUCGAAGAUCAUGGAGUCGUUUAAGUCAAUGGUCCCAACGUAUGCCAGUGUAACUCGUGAUGGAGAAAAGACAAAGAUCCCCACGGAGAAGUUGGUCGUUGGAGACAUUGUCGAAGUGCACAGUGGAGAUCGCGUGCCCGCCGAUAUUCGUAUUCUCCAUGCCACCGGGUUCAAGGUGGAUAAUUCGUCGUUGACUGGGGAAUCCGAGCCCCAAUCUCGUUCUCCCGAAUGCACGAACGAGAAUCCUUUGGAAACAAAGAACAUUGCCUUCUUCUCCACCAAUGCUGUUGAAGGCGCAGCCACCGGCGUUGUGAUUGGCACUGGAGAUCGUACCGUCAUGGGUAGAAUUGCCCAUUUAGCCGCUGAUUUGGAGGCUGGAAUGACCCCAAUUGCACGAGAGAUUGAGCAUUUUAUACACAUCAUUACUGGAGUUGCCUUCUUCUGUGGAAUCACAUUUUUCAUCAUUUCACUUGCCAUGGGAUAUCACUGGUUGACCGCCGUUGUCUUCUUGAUUGGCAUUAUUGUUGCCAAUGUUCCGGAAGGUAAGAGAGGCAGAAAGAUUUUCCUUGCAAUAGAGUGAUAAGUUGAAAACUAAAUAAUUCAUGUUUUACAGGUCUCAUUGCCACUGUUACCGUAUGCUUGACGUUGACGGCCAAACGCAUGGCUUCAAAGAACUGUUUGGUCAAGAACUUAGAAGCUGUCGAGACUCUCGGCUCCACUUCCACCAUCUGCUCUGAUAAGACUGGUACCCUCACCCAGAACCGCAUGACCGUCGCCCACACCUGGUUCGAUCAGACCAUUUCCGCCUGUGAUACCAACGAGGACUACACUGGAGGGGAAAACAAACACCGCAACGAAAGUGAAAUGGCCCUUCUGCGGGUUGCAGCAUUGUGCAAUCGAGCAGAAUUCAAGGCGGGCCAAUCGGAUAUCCCAAUUCUGAAACGGGAUUGUACCGGCGAUGCCUCCGAGAUUGCUCUACUCAAAUACAGCGAACAACAAAUUGGGAAUGUGAUUCAAUACCGAAGGAAGAACCCAAAGAUUGCAGAGAUUCCGUUUAAUUCUACCAAUAAGUUUCAAAUCUCCAUCCAUGAAGUUGACGACGGGCAUCCAGGUUAUCUUCUGGUAAUGAAAGGAGCACCAGAAAGAGUACUAGACUGUUGCGCAACCAUUUUGCUGAAAGGCGAAGAGAAGCCCCUAGAUCAGCAUCUUCGUCAUCAUUUCAACGAGGCUUAUCUGGAACUUGGUGGAUUGGGAGAACGUGUUCUUGGAUUUUGCGAUUUCAGACUGGACGCCGAGAAGUUCCCUAAAGGUUUCUCGUUUGAUACAGAAGAAAUAAACUUCCCCAUGGAUGGUUUCCGAUUUGUUGGUCUCAUGUCCAUGAUCGAUCCUCCUCGUGCUGCAGUCCCAGACGCCGUUGCCAAAUGCCGAUCGGCUGGAAUUAAAGUAAAUCGUUUUUAUUCGUUUGAUAGUUCUGAAUUUAGGUUGUGAUGGUCACUGGAGAUCACCCAAUUACCGCCAAGGCAAUUGCGAAGACUGUCGGAAUCAUCUCCAGCAACGCUAUUGAGGAUGGGCAGAGUCCCAAUCAUUCGAAGAGAGACGAGAGUAGCAAGAAUGAGAGUUCUGAAGAGAAGAAGCGUAGACCGAGAUCGGCUGUCCUCCAUGGAUCCGAGCUUCGUGGAAUGACUCCCGAAGAACUCGAUGCGUUCAUUCGAGAGCAUGACGAGAUUGUCUUUGCUCGAACAUCUCCACAACAAAAAUUAAUGAUUGUUGAAGGCUUCCAACGUCAGGGCCAGAUUGUCGCUGUGACUGGUGACGGUGUGAAUGAUUCCCCGGCGUUGAAGAAAGGUAGGUGUAAUCAGUUAAACAUAUAAAGAUGAUCCGGUUAAUUUUUUUGUCUUGGAAAAAUCCCGAUUUCUUGGCUCGAGAGCUUUCAAGGAAUGUCAUAUUCUUGACUCAAGUUGCGUAACAUUGCACAAUAUUUCAAAUCUUCCACUUUUAGCCGAUAUUGGAGUUGCCAUGGGUAUCACUGGGUCCGAUGUCUCCAAGCAAGCCGCUGACAUGAUUCUCCUUGAUGACAACUUCGCUUCAAUUGUUGUUGGUGUUGAAGAAGGGCGCCUCAUUUUCGACAAUCUCAAAAAGUCCAUUGCAUACACCUUGACAUCAAAUAUUCCGGAGGUGUCGCCUUUCUUGACCUACAUUCUCUUCGGUAUUCCUCUUCCUUUGGGUACGAUCACCAUCUUGUGUAUUGAUUUGGGUACUGACAUGGUCCCUGCCAUCUCUCUGGCCUACGAAGAAGCUGAAUCCGACAUCAUGAAGCGUAGUCCUCGUGAUCCACAACACGACAAACUCGUCAACGAACGUUUGAUUUCGUUGGCCUACGGUCAAAUUGGAAUGAUACAAGCACUGGCUGGAUUCUUUACUUAUUUCUGGAUCAUGGCCGACAACGGAUUUAAACCAGACAGAUUAUACGGACUGCGGGCGGAGUGGGAUUCGUUGGCUGUAAAUAAUUUGAGAGACAGUUAUGGUCAAGAAUGGGUGAGUCUCUCCUUCUUUUUUUUUAUUAUGCGUUUAGGCGUAUCAUGAUCGCAAAGUCUUGGAAUACACUUGCCAGACCGCCUACUUUGUGGCCAUUGUGAUUGUGCAAUGGGCCGAUCUGAUCAUCUCUAAGACCCGGCGCAACUCCUUAGUUCAACAGGGAAUGACCAACUGGGCCCUAAACUUUGGACUAGUCUUUGAAACCGCCUUGGCUGCCUUCCUCUGUUACUGUCCCGGCCUGGACAAGGGACUUCACAUGUACGGCCUUCGUUUUGGAUGGUGGUUCCCAGCUCUCCCCUUCGCUGUCAUCAUCUUCCUCUACGAUGAAUUCCGCCGUUUCCUCAUCCGGCGAAACCCUGGUGGAUGGGUCGAACGCGAGACUUACUACUAG